AUGGGUAAUAAUAAGAUGGCACUGUCAUACUUCGAGAAAGCGCUUGAAAUUUGGAAAAAAUCUCUUCCAUCAGAUCAUCCAAAUAUAGCUCUAAAUUACAACAACAUUGCUUUUGUGCAUCAUUCGAUGGGUGAUUAUGCGAUGGCACUGUCAUACUAUGAGAAAGCGCUUGAGAUCAUGCAGAGAGCACUUUCAAAUAACCCUCCAUGGCUUGCUGCGAUGUAUAGCAACAUGGGUGUGACAUUAGAGGAGCUCGAACGAUACGAUGAAGCUGUCGGUUAUGCUAUACAAGCUGCUGAAAUAGCUCGUGCUUCUUUGGGGCCUGAUCAUGCAGAAACUGAAGCUUAUGAAAAUCAAGUUCGCCAACUCCAACAAUCAUUGUCAUUAUUAUGA